AUGGUCACCAAGACGGUCAUCGCCCUGGGGCUCCUGGCCACCUUCUGUGCUGUAGCCAUGGCCGCCCCUGAACCCGGCGGUGGUGGAUAUGGCGGUGGAGGAUAUGGUGGUGGUGGAUAUGGCGGUGGUGGAUAUGGCGGUGGUGGAUAUGGCGGUGGCGGUUAUGGAGGUGGCCGCGGGGGUGGAUAUGGAGGCGGAGGUUAUGGUGGUGGCGGUUAUGGAGGCGGAUAUGGUGGUGGUGGCUAUGGCGGCGGAUAUGGUGGUGGUGGCUAUGGCGGCGGCUACGGAGGAGGCGGCUAUGGUGGUUAUGGAAAGUAA